CUAUUUCUUUUAGGGGCUGCAUGGUACAAAUGUAUUUCUUUUUGGUUCUCUGGGAGUUACAGAAUGUUACCUCCUGGCAGCCAUGUCUUAUGAUCGGUAUUUAGCAAUAUGUAAACCCCUGCACUAUGCAAACCUUAUGAAUAGCAGGUUCUGUCUCCUGCUUGCAGCCGGCUCUUGGAUAAGUGCAUUUCUAGCUAUAAGCAUAAUAGUAUUGUUGGUGUCACAAUUAACUUUCUGUGGCCCCAGUGAAAUUGACCAUUUCUUCUGUGAUCUCACCCCUGUGUUAAAACUUGCCAGAACUGAUACCCACCUAAUGGAACUUACAGCUUUCAUAUUCGCCUUGAUUUUCACUCUCUCCCCAUUUAUACUAACUGUUUUAUCGUAUGUUGCUAUUAUAGCCAUCAUCCUGAGAAUCUCAUCUGCCACUGGGAAGCAAAAGGCCUUCUCUACCUGCUCCUCUCACCUCAUGGUGGUGAUAGCUUUCUAUGGGACUCUAACAAUUGUGUAUGUCUUACCUAAAAAUGAUACCCUGAGGGACCUGAACAAAGUGUUCUCUGUCUUCUAUACCGUCCUGUCUCUCUUGCUUAAUCCCCUCAUCUACAGCCUGAGAAACUGGGAGGUAAAAGAGGGCCUGAGAAAGGGGUUAAGUAAAUUUGUGCUUUGCACAAGAAUGCAGACACUGUGA